CUUCACACUAAACCAGAUAAUUUUUUGUUCGUCGAUAUUCGCAAGUGUCCACGGAAAUAUCUUGUUUUCAACGUGAAUUUCAACCCCGUGUUAUAUCAAAAACAGUGAAAAAUGUCUCUAUUCGGUUCAUUAUUGGGUGAUUUCGAGGAUGAUCCAAUUUUCGGGCAUCAUAUGCGCUCCAUGCGCCAAAUGAACAGUAUUAUGAAUUCGCUGAUGCCGGACCCGUUCGGAAUGAUGUCUCCCUUCGAUGGAUUUGCAGGCGCUGGAGCUAGACAUUCUGCUUUAACAGGUGCUGCGCAUCACCGCGCACCGAUGGGAAACAGCUUGAUGCCGUUUGGGUUCCAGAGUAUGCCAAAUAUCAACAGCUUGCUGAACGGAGAUUUCGGUGAAGGCAAUAGUGCAUCGUUCUGUUCAAGCAGCUUCGUUUCCAUGUCUCAUGGCCCAGAUGGUCGCCCACAAGUAUACCAAGCGACAAGCAGCACUAAAACCGGCCCUGGUGGAGUUCGUGAGACACGUAAAACCGUACAAGAUUCGCGGUCUGGUCUUAAGAAAAUGGCUAUUGGACAUCACAUUGGAGAGCGUGCUCAUAUUAUUGAACGUGAACGAAAUGUACGAGAAGGAACUGAAGAAGAACGGCAAGAUUUCAUUAAUUUAGAGGAAGAGGAAGCCGAGGACUUUGAUAGAGAAUUUACAAAUAAAGUGCGUCAAGGGACAUCUGGUGUUAGUAUUCAAGCCGUUCCAUCAGUUCCCAGUCGACCAGCCCUCCCAGCCCCUCCGAGCUCUGACGAUACAUCAUCACGACGGACGCUAAGAAAUAUACCAAAGGUUACUUCCCGUAGACCACUGCGUACCCCCACUUCGUCACCGCUAGCCCUACCUCCUUCGACACGAACAAGCGUUGCUUCAUCACCGAAAAGAGAUUGGCGAUUGUACAACCCACGAUAUUAUAAACCGUAACUACUCGAUUGUCAUCGACCGUUGCGAAACGUUUGCUGACUGGUCAAUUAUACACUUACUCUUCUGAUCUUAAUAUUUUUCAUCGUGCGUCAACAUCCUUAUAUAACAUCGGCGGCGGCUCGUAGAAAUCAUCGUCCAAAAAAUACUCCUAGCCAAACAAAUGCCUAUAAUAAUUCAGCACCAACUAAUGAUGAUUAGAGCGAAAGAGAGGGAAUCGUUAAAUAAGAUUAUUGAAAUAUAAGUUUAAUGUACCUCCUAAGACUAUUUCAAGCGUUCAACAAAUAAAUACAUUCUACUCCCCUUUUUAAGAUUUGUGAGAAUUGGAGAAAAUCCUUUUAUUUUAGGAAAUUAGACCACCAGGUAUUCGCUUUCAAUUUUUAUUUCUUUUAUUUUAUGAUGAUUGGAAGAAUUAUAUGUUUUAAAUUUGACUAAGAAUGAGAAAUAGGGAAUUGUUACUUUUAUAAUGAACUUGACUCUUCUUUAUGGUCUCGUUAGUACUGAGAACAUUGUUUUAAGUAUCAUAUCUUUAUGAUUUCUGUCAUUCGGAUGAAUUGCAUAGAGUUUGAGUGAAUAGUUCUUAUGAUUCUCUCUUGUUCAUGUAAGUUCAAUUUAAAUAAACGAAUAGAUGUCAAAUAAAUGCAUAUGUAUAUCGGUAUAAA